UUCCUCUACCGCUACGGCUCCAGAGACGUAAGGCCAUAGAAGUAGAAAAGGGAAGAGGGUAGCUCUACACCAAUGUAUCUCUAAGUGUUGUUCAGGAAGUUGAACAAAGACAAUUCGGACGCGCGCGAUCGCUCCCCGCUUCUCGUGACUGGAACCGGCUCGGCUGCCAGAGUAGGUACUAGCCUGAUCAAGAAAGGUGUACAGAACAGAAGGAGAUAUAUGAAUGAUUAGAACUUGUGUAAGGCAAAGAUGCUAUGGCUUCAGAGUUGGACCCUGCAUCUCGCAAAAUAUUCAAAACCACUUCAAAGGAUGUUGUGUGAAGCCAGUGCUAAACUUCCAGUGUUAACAUUGUUCACCAAGCAUCCCUGCCCUUUGUGUGAAGAAGCCAAAGUGAUGCUUGAACCAUAUAAACACAAGUUUAUUUUGCAGGAAAUAGAUAUAACUCUUCCAGACCAUUCAGUCUGGCUUGAAAAAUAUAAGUAUGAAAUACCUGUCUUUCAUCUGAAUGGGAAAUUUUUAAUGAAGCAUCGAGUAGAUAUACAAAAACUAGAAAAUCAACUCUUGAAUCUAGAAUUACAAGAUGAAAGCAGCAAAUGAAGAAGAAUGAAGAUAUGUUACUGCAAACCAGAACGGCUGCAUUGAUGAUUUUUGUAUUGCUCUCUGUAUCAAUAAAACCAUACCCUGCAAAAAUGUGCUGAAAUUUAACUUGAUUUUAUAAUCAACUGCCAGAGCUGUGCUUGAUAACAUGCUUAUUCCAUAUUGACUUAUGUUCUUCACUGACAGUAAAUACCAUCACACAUUUAUUCAACUGUCAUACAUCACACACACACAGACACUUUAGGGUUCAUGCUACUAGCAUACAACAGAAUAUAAUUGUAUCAAUAAAACUGAAGCAGUGUAAAACUUGGUGCUAAAAAAAUUGAAACAAUCUGAAACUGAGUAAGCUUAUUGUCAAUUUCACUUUCAAUCUUAUAUUUGUUAUUAAACAUUAUAUAAUUUUUCUUGUGAAUUAGCGUAGCUAACAAUAGAUUUUAUCCUUAGGCUAAAGUUGUAUAGCAGCCUUUCCUUCUAAAUAUGUUGGACUUCAACUUCAACUUCCAUUAUUCUGUUGGCUGGGAAUUCAGUGCAUUUGAAGGGCUUCAAAUUGGGGAAAUUUGCCUUGUAUCUGUAAGGACAGUACAUGGGAACUCACCACUCUUUGUGAGAAUGUUGUUUGCAUUCUUUCUGACUGCUCCUGGAAGCCAGUCAAAAAUUUCAAAUGCUGUACUUGUAGUAACAGCAUUUAGACCAAAGACCUUUUGGCUAUAUUGGCAAAAAGACGAGUAGUGGAUCAUUGAAAUAGAUUAUCUUCAGAGUCUUUUCGAAUUCUGUGAUCCCUGUUUCCCCAUAAUGGGUCUUUCAUUAGAGGCUUAUUAGUUAAUGAUGCCUCAUUAAAUAUACAUGCAAGUGGAUCCAAGAGGUAAGAGCCUGCAGCAGCGUGUGACAGCCUCUGAUGAGAUUUGCUUUUACUCCCAUGGAAACUUAAUAGACACAACAAGCGGAGAGGUUAUCAUAAUCAGUAUAAGUGCACUUUAUAUAAAGCCUUGAUGCUGUACACAGCAGUACUCAAACUGAGCCUCUGGCCCGCUCAGGCUGAUUGAAGGCUUUUUCUAAUCUGUGUUCCAAAGGAACUCAAAGAAUCCUUGUUUUCCCAACAGAUUUGAGUAUCUUUAAAAGGAUAAUUAUUAACACUGCAAAUUAAAUAUUUCAGUAGGGAGCUUAGUUGUUGGCUUUUGGUAAAGAUCUUUGGCAAAGAAAACGUUGAUAAAUGGAGAUUAAUAUAACCCUUUUGUACUUUCCCUUCCGUGCUCUUGAAAUCUUUUCUUCCCCUUAUUCAUCCCAAUUCUUUGAUGCCUCUGGUCCCUCUGAUUACUAUUUGUGUUAUUUUUCCUUAACCGUUUGAAUGAAUAAAGCAUAAUAAAGUUGUGAA